CUUAGUGUGAACCGGUUCGUCCAUCGUUGCGCAGCGGUCUACCGUCGUCGAUAUCACCUGUAUCGUUUUAUUAAUUUAUUUGCUGUGUUGUUUUUUCCUAAUCAAAUAUUGCGCUCACGUUUAUCAUUUUAAGCUAUAGAAUGAAAGGAAAAAUACUGCAGCUGUGAAGUUUUCGGUUUCAACUUCAUACCACUAUCAGCAGUGAACCUGCCUACACACAUAAUUCCAUAUUUAGAACUCGAUUUAUUUGAAGGUCUUAAAUUAUGCUCUUCAUUUUUCUUCGCUUUGAGAUCUGUUUUAUUUGAGCUGCAAAGAUAGUAAAAAGCUAAUAUUAGAAAUAAUCAUUUUCUAUAUAGACUUGCUAUUCUAUUAAUAUUAUACUAUGAACAAUUUUGUUUACAACAAAAUUGUUUUGAAAAUGAAACAAACAUUUUUUUAUUAUAAUGAGUGUAUCACUUCAAGUUAAUGGUAAAUUAUUAUGAUAUUUUAAUAUAAAAUGGAAAACUCAACACCUCAGAUGCAGCAUAGUAAACUAAUACGGCCACCUACACUAAAGCGUGGGCGAUCUAGUGAUUUGCAAAGUAGUAAAAUAAAACUUGAAAGAGUCAUUGGAUUAACUGUAUCUACAAAUUCUUCUUUAGAUGUAGAUACCAAUACAGGAACAAUUGCUUAUCCUGCAGGAUGUACUGUGGUAUUCCACAACUCAAUUUUGGGUACAGAAACACAUUUAUCAAAUAUUUGUCGAAAAUCAAUUACUUGUUUAACAUUUUCAUCUGAUGGUCGAUAUCUUGCAACUGGAGAAUGUGGUCAUCAAUCAAAUGUCAGAAUUUGGGAUAUGACUGAUAUAACUCAAGUUGCUGAACUUCCAGGUCAUAAAUAUGGGAUCAAUUGUGUGGCAUUUUCUCCUAACCAAAAAUAUUUAGUCUCUGUUGGGUCACAACAUGAUAUGAUAGUAAAUGUUUGGGAAUGGAAAUCUAACUUAAAAUAUGCAUCUAAUAAAGUAUCUGCAAAAAUCAAAGCUCUUGCAUUCUCAGAUAAUGGCAAUUUCAUUACAAUUGGCAAUAGACAUGUUAAGUUUUGGUAUUUACAAUCAUCCAGAUCAACAACAUAUAAAGAGCCUGUACCAUUGAUGGGGCGAUCUGCUAUUUUAGGUGAACAAAGAAAUAAUGAUUUUAUAGACGUAUGUUGUGGUCAUGAUGACUUAAAAGAUUAUACAUAUGCAAUCACAAAAUCAGGUUUAUUAUGUGAAUUUAACAAUCGCAGAUUAUUAGAUAGAUGGGUUGAAUUAAAAACAACAAGUGCUAAUUGUAUGGCAAUUGGACGAAAUUAUAUUUUUAUUGGUUGUGCAGAAGGUAUUGUUAGAUGCUUCCACCCUGGAACACUUCAAUUUAUCACAACAUUACCACGAACUCAUUAUUUAGGAGUUGAUGUUGCUCAAGGACAUGACAUUAGUCAUAUGGCGAGUAUCCCCAGUAAUGCGAAGUACCCUGAUGCUAUAGCACUUGCUUAUGAUGAAAUCAAUACAAAAUUAACAUGUGUUUAUAAUGAUCAUAGUUUAUAUAUUUGGGACGUUAAAGAUAUCAAGAGGGUUGGUAAAUCAAAUUCAUUUUUGUUUCAUUCAGCUUGUAUUUGGGGUGUGGAAAUGUAUCCUGCAUUAGAGAAAAAUUUACAAGUACCCAAUAAUUCUUUUAUAACAUGUUCUAGUGAUGAUACAAUUAGAGUUUGGAAUUUAGAUAGAAUAGACUCUGAAAAUAACUCUUUAUAUCAAAAAAAUAUUUAUAGCAAUGAAUUAUUGAAAAUCAUAUAUAUAGACCCAGAAUUAAAUUAUCUUAAAAAUACAGAAUUGAGUUUAUUAGAUAAAAGUGAUUCAUCUUCUUACGAUGGAAGAAAUGGAGUACGAGCAAUACGAAUAAGUCCUGAUGGUUUACAUCUUGCAUCAGGUGAUCGUUCUGGAAAUAUACGAGUACAUGAUUUAAAAACAUUAAAAGAAGUGUGUUUAAUUGAAGCUCAUGAUGCUGAAGUAUUAUAUUUGGAUUAUAGCAAAUACAAUGAUAAAGUAAAACUAUUUGCAUCGGCAUCAAGAGACCGUUUAAUUCAUGUAUUUAAUGUAAAUAAAGAUUAUGAUUUUGUACAAACAUUGGAUGAUCAUUCAUCAUCUAUUACAGCAGUUCGAUUUAUUAACUCUCAGAACAAACUUCAAAUGGUUUCAUGUGGAGCUGAUAAAUCAAUCAUAUUUAGAAAUUAUAAUGAGGAUGGUGAAAAAAAUCAUCAAAAUGGUUUUGUACAUGACCAUUCUGUUUCUGGAAAAACGACAUUUUAUGAUAUGGAAGUUGAUCCCAAACAAAAACAUAUUAUGACAGCUUGUCAAGACAGAAAUAUACGAGUAUAUAAUACUACCUCGGGAAAACAUACUAAAACUUUUAAAGGCUCAGUUGGAGAUGAAGGAUCUUUAAUUAAAGUAGUUCUUGAUCAAAGUGGCUCCUUUGUUGCUACUAGUUGUACAGAUAAAACAUUAUGUGUUUAUGAUUAUCUUGCUAGUGAUUGUUUAACUACAAUGUUUGGUCAUUCAGAAUUAGUCACUGGAUUAAGAUUUACUAAUGAUAGUAAACACUUAAUAUCUGCUAGUGGAGAUGGCUGUAUAUUUGUUUGGCGUAUGCCUUUAGAAAUAGCCAAACAUUCAAAUUUACUCAAAAGAAAUCGACCUGAAAAACUUCCUAAACCAGUAAUUAUUGAUGGAAAUAUCCCUCCAUAUAAGAUAUCAGAAGAAAAAGAAAAUAAUUCAUUUAGUAUUCCCGUAGAUGGUCAAUUGCCUUUAUGGGCUAAAAAACAAGUUCUUUCUGAUAAUAUGCAAAAUGAUACCCAGUUGAAUCCUUCUAUGAAUCGAAUAAAUGUACCAAAAGGACAAUGGGCUCAAAGAGCUACCAAUUCAUCAGAACCUAGUAGUAUUUUACAAAUUCCUAUAAAUAAAGAUGAUUCAGAUUGCUUCAAGGAUGAUAGUUCAGUUGAUAGUGGUACUGAAACCAGUAGAUCAAAUUAUCCUGAAAGCCAAAAAGAAUCAUUAAUAAUUCCCAAAAAGACAAAACGUAUUCCACCAGUAUUUGUUUCAAAUGAUUUUGAUGAAAAUUCAACUGUUCAAAUGGUGUCUGAAAAAUCAAGUUCUCAUUUAUCAGAUAUUCAUCGUAUACGUAAUCAUACUGAUGAUAGCUCUUUAGGAAGUUUUAAAAAUGAAGAACUAGAAAGCAAUGACCAUGAUGGAGAUAUUGAAGAUUCCGAGAGUGAAUGGUUAUCAAAUGAAAAAGUUAAUAAUCCUAUAAUUUAUUACCCCUCAAAUAGUAAUGAUCUUAUCAAUGAUUAUACAAUUACCAAAUUAGAUUCAGAUGCUGCACUAAGAAUGUCUCAAAGAAAAUCAAAAGGUGUCAAACAAAAAGAUAGGUUAUUAUCAGCAGGAAUAACUGAUCUAUCUAGUCACUCAAUGUCUGGUAGCCAAGGUAGUGAUGAUGAUGAUGAUGCUACAUCAACACCAAGUGGUGAAAGUACAGAUAAAAGUCAAUUAAUGAUGUUCUCUACUAGCAAUGAGCGAUUGGAUUUGAUUGAAAAACGUGAACAAUUUUUGAAAAAUACAUUUGAGUCACUUGGAGGUGUAGAACAAGUACAUCAAGAUAAUAAAAACCAUGUUUCAAGUAAAAGAAGUAUAUCUUCUCAGUACAAAGGAUCUAGUGUACAGCAGAAUACCAAUAUUGAGUCUCAAAAUAAAAGAAAUGAACUUCAGCAAAGAAUAGAAGAAACUAGAAGAACUUUACAAAAUUUAAGUACACAUUCAAUCUUAAAAUCUAGUCAAAGUAUAUGUGACUUAAGUAGAAAUUUUGGAAAAUCACCUUCUAAAUUGCCAGUUCGAAACAAUUAUUUGACUGUUGAUAAUCAUAUGAAUAUGGGUAAUACAGUAAGAAGAGUAUGUUCUUUAACAGACUUAUCUACAUCUGGACCUUCAAGAGAAGGGUCAUCAAAUAGCUCAUUUAAUAAUCAAAAAGCAAUGCCUAGAAGUUUAUUAAAAAAACCAAAAUCAGUAACAAGUAAUAUGCAACGAAGUAGUUCUGUUAGCGUUUUAGAUCAGAGUGAUUCCGAGAGUGAUAUUAGUCAACUAGCAAAUGGAAUAUUAAACUCCGGAAUUCCUAUCAGAGCUAUGCGGCCCACAAUUUCUUCCCAAAAUAAAAUGAUUGUUAAUAAAUCAAAUCUUUCACGCCGCAGAAGUUCUACAACUUCACAAUCCACAAAUGCUUUAAACACAAUAGGGCGCAAUGAAGAUUCUAGCUCUGAAGAGUUUUUUACAUCAUUACAUAAUAGGUCAAUUCCAGUAUCAUCUCAGAUAAAAUUUCAUAAUUCUGAAAAGCUUAGACGUAACUCAACAUCUCUUAUUAGAAGUGUCAGUGAAAUGAAUUUGAAAAGUCCAUCCAGCAAAUUAUUAGAUAAGCAUAAAAAUCGAAAUGACGUAUCUCAAAAAUUAAAAAUCAAUGAAAAUCAACAAAAAAAUAUAAAAAAUCAUGUAUCCUUGAUGGCUAAUCAAUUAUUUCAAACAGCUGAUAGAAUUUUGGACCAUAUUAAUGGUAUCGGUGUUUCAGAAAAUGGACGUAUAUCUAAAAAGGAUGUAACUAUUGUUAUACACCAAUUAGAGCAUAUUGUUGAACAAGGCGGAAUUUUUUCUACUCAACUUGGUUCUAGUUCUGCAAUAAACAGUAUUCAAGAGUACUUGGAUAUACUCAUUGAUGUGAUUAAGAAACGAUCAUCAAAGACUGAUGUAUAAAAUCUAUUAGGCAAAAAAUUAGUUUUUUGUUAAAUUAAACGAUUUAGAAACAAUAAUUUAUGAUAGAGUUGGUAUAAAUUUUUUAAGCAGUGUGAACAUAAAAUAACUACGUGCCUUGUAAGUAACUAAUAAUAGAAACAGGGUAAAUCAUAUACUUCUUGUGUAUAAUUUAAAUGAAAUAUUAUUUUCCUUUGUGGAAAUUUUAAAAAUAAUUUAUUAUUUUCACUGCAGUUAACACUGUAAUAAAUUUAAAUAUUUUAUUAUUAUUUUAAUUUUUUUAUAUAUAUUUAAUUCUAUUUUGAAUAUCAAUUUUAACUAUCUAAAGUUGUUGAAAUUUUUUACCAAAGAAUUUUAUUAUAUUCAAUUUUAAAUGUUUUUAAUUUUAUCAAUAUUAUUCUUAUUACUAUUACUAUAGUAUUCAUAACUGUAUAGUAUUUUUUUGACUAGUUUUAUUAGCUCAAGUUCCUGAUUCUUUGUUUUAUUCAUUUUAUUGGCUUCUUCGGGUAUAAUUUUCACCAUUUGUUUUUUAUAAUAGUAUUAUCGAGUUAAUAUAUUAAUUAUUGAAUAAUUAUUAUUAAUAUAUGUUAGAACUAACAUAACUUAAGCAAUAUUUUUUGUAGUGCCUUAUUAUUGAACUAAUGCUUGAUGGAACUAAUAGACUAUUUUUUUUAAUGUAAUCCGUCCAAAAUGUUUACUUAAAUCUUUUACAUUUUAGCAUUGUUAUAUUGUAAUAUAUAAGUACCAAACUAAUUGUUAAAUUUUUCAUGUACUAAUUUACAUUCCAUUUAAAAUGUCUACUAUGUCAACUAUGAUUUUACAUUACUGUUACCUUAUUUAUAUUAUCAUAUAUUAUAAUGAUAAAUAUAAUAACUUCUGCAUAUUUUUAUCUCAUUAAUGUAAUAUGAGAAAAUUAAUUUUUGGAUGUGCCUUUUAUUUUACUUUUACUAGUCAUGUAAUUUUUUUUUUGGUUUAAAAUUGUCAAAUUAGAACUUUAUCUACAAGUUUAAAAAUUGUGUCUUUUAUCAAAUAAAGAUCAGAAUGUGAUUGUUUCCGUCCAUGAUUAUUAUCUAUAACGCUUUUCUUUGUAUAAUAUUUAAUAUUUUAGUUUAUUCAUUAUUAUUAUUAUACCUAUUCUGAAUUACUUAUUUUUUCAUUGAUUAUUAAAAGUAUUUUUCAAUACAUACUAAAUUGUUUGUAAUUAGUAUACUUAUAAUUGUUGUUAUUAAUUAUUUACUCCGUAUACUUUAAAUCAGUGGUCGGCAACCUUUUUUAAUUCUCGGGCCACAUUUACAAAUUAAAAAGAGUUCGCGGGCCAGAUAAAAAAAAAAAAAUUUAUAAUUACAUUAUUUAUUAUGCAAAAAAAUACUAUCUAAAACUUAAAAUAAUAAUAUGACUUAUAUAAAAUACUCGUACCAAAAACGCAACGUUCAAUUAUAUUUAUACAAAAUGAUAUUCAAUUAAAUUAGUCGAUUUAGAAUUUAAAGCGGGCCGUAUUCAAUAGCCACGCGGGCCGGAUACGGCCCGCGGGCCGCCGGUUGCCGACCACUGCUUUAAAUGAAAAUAUAAUAAUAAACUAUCAAAAUAGAUAUUUUGUUUUGUAUUUUUUCCAUUUUUUUUGUGACAUUGUUAUUAAACAGUUAUUUAUAAAAAUUUA